CCGGGGCCGCCUCACGCCCGGACGGGCGGGGCGGUGCGGCGGCGGAAUGGCAGCGUGCCGGGGGGGCGCGGGGCCGGCGCGGGGAGAUACUGAGUGUAUUUUGGAGCCUCUGUCUCUGCCAGAAAGUCCAGGUGGUGUUGAUGCUGUAGAAAGUUCUCCCUGCGUGCCUUGCAUUUUCUGCGAAGAGUGCUAUCUUUUAGCAGAACAAAACCAGCUCCUGAAGCACAUGAUUAUUGAACACAAGCUCGUCAUAGCAGACGUGAAACUGGUUGCAGAUUUUAGAAGACAGAAGAAGAAUGUACUGUUCUUUGGAGAUAAUACUAAUAUCUUCAGCUACAUCUUGUACUGGAAGAGAAGGUUUGCAGAACAGCCUGUCACAGACUUUUGUAGUGUGAUAAGAACAAAUUCAAAAGCACCAUUAGAAGAACAGGACAAUUAUUUUCUUUUAUGUGAUGUUUUACCAGAAGACAGGCUACUUAGAGAACAGCUUCAGCAAAAAAGACUGAGAGAAAUUCUAGAACAGCAACAACAAGAGAGAUGUGACACAAGUUUUCAUAGUAUGUGUAUGUUCUGCGAUCAAGAAUUCACAGGAAACAGAUCUGUCCUUCUCAAUCAUAUGGCAAGAGAGCAUGCUUUUAACAUUGGGCUGCCAGAUAAUAUUGUGAAUUGCUAUGAGUUUUUGGCUGUAUUACAGGGGAAGCUUGACAAUUUGCAGUGUUUAUAUUGUGAAAAAGUCUUCAGAGACAAAAACACACUUAAAGAUCACAUGAGAAAGAAGCAGCAUCGCAGAAUCAAUGCCAAAAACAAAGAAUAUGACAAAUUUUAUAUCAUUAAUUACUUGGAAUUUGGAAAGUCCUGGGAGGAAGUGCAGUCAGAGGACGACCGGGAAUUACUAGAUAACCUAGAAGAAGACUGGUCUGACUGGGAAGAGCAUCCUGUAUGUGCAGUUUGCCUGUUCUGUGAACAACAAGCAGACACCACAGAAAAACUGUAUCUUCACAUGCAGAAAUCACAUGGAUUUGACUUUCCUAAAAUAAAGUCAGAGCAUGGUCUGAACUUUUAUCAGCAAGUAAAGCUCGUGAAUUUCAUCAGAAGAGAAAUCCAUCACUGUCGUUGUUACAACUGCCAGGAGAAAUUUCAGUCCAAAGAGGUAUUGAUAAGUCAUAUGGAAGAGACCAAACACAUUGCAUUCCUGCCAGCCAGAUCUACAUGGGAUCAACCACAGUAUUAUUUUCCUACCUAUGAAAAUGAUACACUCCUGUGCACGCUGUCAGACAGUGAAGAUGUGAUAACUGAGGAUCAAAGUGAAGAAGUCCCUGUUGUAAGCGAAGAUAUAUCCAGUCUAAAAGCUCUCAAACAGAGCAGUGUCUUAAACCAGCUCUUGUGUAAAGAGAACAAGAGUUGGGAGAAAUUUUGAAGUACAGUUGCUGACCUUCAGUUCUUCUUCUGCAAGACAAAAAAAAAUCUAUUCUUUCACUAAUAUCGAAAUACAGUUUAACUCAUAGCUAUUAUUAUUACAGGACAAAUAUUAGAAAGUGAAUGCUAAAUAAAAUUUAAGUGUUAACUUUA